CAGGCGAUUCCGCCCAUCCCGAAGGUGCUAAUACAUAGCAGCGUGUUUUGCUGUGUUAUGUUUUCCCAAUGAGUCUAAGUACCCUCCGCAGCGCCUCCAUCAAGUCCUCUUCAUCCAUCUCCUACCUACUUCCCGUAUAUUCAGCUAUCCGUUGACAAGUCCUGCUCGAAAGAUGUCUACAGAGUGUAAAUUUGUACAGGCACCACACAAGUGAGUUAUGAUCAGGUCGUUGUGUGAGUCGUCCGAGACUGAGAGAUCGCGUCUCAUCCCAGGACCGAUUGAGGUCACGGAUGAGGUCCUCUUCGCCAAUGCGCAUCCCUCGAUGUCGCACAUGUCCCCCGACUUUGCACUAGUCUUUGGUGAUUGCAUUCGCAUGACUAGACAACUUCUUUACUCAAAGGACGCGCAGCCGUUCCUGAUCGCUGGGUCAGGCACGUUAGGAUGGGAUCAGGUCUCCGCUAAUCUCGUAGAACCAGGCGAGAACGCGCUCGUUCUCCACAGUGGUUAUUUUGCCGAUAGUUUUGCAGACUGUUUGCAGACCUAUGGCGCCAAUGUAGACCAGAUCAAGGCUGAGAUAGGCGGCGCUGUCAAGGAGGCUGAUAUUGAGCGCGCACUUCAAGCGAAGAGGUAUAAGAUUGUUACAGUGACCCACGUUGACACCUCGACAGCCGUCUUGUCUGACAUCAAAGCAAUUGCAAAUGUCGUCAAGAGAGUUUCUCCGGACACACUUGUUGUCGUUGAUGCUGUCUGCUCUGUGGCGAGCGAAGAAAUCCAAAUGGAUGCCUGGGGCAUUGAUGUCGUGUUGACAGCCAGCCAGAAAGGUCUAGGCACACCACCAGGUCUCAGUAUCGUCGUUGCUUCUCAGAAAGCCAUUCAGGUAUUCGAGAACCGCUCAACGCCAGUCACAACCUACUACGGCAGCUGGAAGAAAUGGCUACCCAUAAUGAAAGCCUACGGGAACAACUCCGCCGCCUACUUCGCCACGCCGCCCGUCAACCUCAUCUAUGCGUUCCACGCGUCCCUCACGCAGAUAAUGAAGGGCUCUGUCUCGCUCGAGCAACGAUUCAAGUUCCACCAAGACGUCAGCAGACGUAUCAAGAAGGCAGCAGAGGAAGUCGGGUUCAAGGGCGUGCCUCUUAGUGAAGACGUCCAGGCCAAUGGCAUGUCUGCGCUUUACUUCCCUGACGGUUUCACGGCGAGCGAUAUCGUUCCUCGUCUGUUGAAGAAAGACGUCGUUGUCGCCGGUGGAUUACAUGCCAGUAUCAAAGACAAAUACUUCCGUAUAGGGCACAUGGGUGUUUCCGUCGUUGACCCUAGUCGGGGGGACGUUGACAAGAUAAUCAGCGCCGUGAAGGAGUCACUCGCAGAAGCCAAGGCUAGCAAGCAGUAGGAACUAGAGUGAAAUGAUUUUAUAUGGCAUGUACGAUACAAUGAAUAAAGUACAUCUCGAUUUUACACGUCAUUCACAACC